AUGGCAAAGAACCGUAAUUUAAUCUUCUUCAUAGGGGUAUUAGUGUCUCUUACACUCGUUAGUUUCCCGGCGAACGUUUCCGGCGAGCCUCCUCUCUUAUUCACUUUCGGCGACUCUUCUUACGAUGUGGGCAACACCAAGUUCUUCUCGUCGGAGUUUGAUCGGGCCACCACGUGGCCUUACGGCGACUCCGUUGACGACCCCACCGGCCGGUGGUGUGACGGCAAUAUUGUCCCAGAUUUCGUCGGUCGAUUGAUUGGUAAUCACGAACCGGUUCCUCCAGUUCUUGAUCCAAAAGCCGAUCUUUCUCAUGGAGCAAGCUUCGCUAUUGCUGGAGCCUCUGUUCUUGGAUCUCAAUCCGUUACUAUGAGUUUUGGACAACAGAUAUCGAAAUUUGUAGAGUUACGUAAGAAAUGGUCUGAUAAAGAACGAGCAGAAGCAAUAUACAUGAUCUACAUCGGAGCUGAUGACUACUUGAAUUUCGCUAAGUCUCAUCCAACCGCUAAUCUCGUGGAGCAAGUAGCUCAUGUUGCCAAUGUUCUCCAAAAGGUUUCCAGAGAUCUAAUGAGUUUGUACAAGUCAGGUGGGGCGAGGAAGUUUGCGGUACAGAACUUGGGACCGCUUGGUUGCUUACCGAUAGUGAGACAAGAGUUUGAGACUGGUGAAAGUUGUAUGGAGAUGGUUAAUUUCAUGGUGACUACACACAAUGAACGGCUUAGUCGUGUGCUCUUUGCUAUGACCGUACCUUACCGCAGCUUACGGUACAGCCUCUUUGAUUUGAAUGGUGAAAUUCUCCGGAGGAUUAAUGAACCAUCGCACUACGGAUAUACUGAUACUACGACCUCUUGCUGUGGUACUGGGUCGAGAAAUGCGUAUGGAUGUGGUUAUACCAACAUACAUUCGUAUCUCUGCAGUUACCAGAAAUCAUUUCUGUUCUUCGACGGGCGUCACACCACCGAGAAAACCAAUGAAGAUAUCGCUAAUCUGUUCUAUUCCGGAGACAAACAUGUCGUCUCUCCGAUUAACAUCAAGGAUCUUGUAGGUAAAUCGGUGACUAAUCUUCCGGUGCAAGAAGUCUAG